UCUUUUGCGCGCCCUGCUUGCGAAGAUGGCGGUGUGUGUUGGCGCGCAGGCUGUGUGCGGAGCCGUUUCACAGCUCCCCGGCAGCGGAAUGUGAAUGCGGCUGGAGGAGGGUGCCACCGGGAUGAGUCGGCGAAAAGUAUGAAACACCAACAAGAGUUCUGAAAACAGAUUUAUUGUCCUGUGCCUUCAGUUCCCCAAAUGAUCCAGAUGGACAGACCGAUAUCUUCUGGGAUCAAAAUUCUCCAAUCACCAAACAGUUAGGGAAAGGAAGAAAAAAGCAGAUUUCCAGUACAUACACUGAUGAGAUUUCGCAUAUUGUCAAUCGUAUUGCUCCUCAGGACGAAAAACCAGUGACAAACUCCAUGCUGGGUGUGUGGAUUGGUGACACUGCUAUUCCUUGUACUCCUAGCGUAGCAAAAGAAAAGUCAAGAGUGAAAAUCAGCUGCACUAAGUUAAAAACACAAAAUCGAGAAAAAGAACUUAUGAAGUUGGCUAAGCAGUUUGAUAAAAACAUGGAAGAACUUGAUGUGAUUCAAGAGCAAGAUGGGAGGAAUAAUGAUUUUAUCCAGACAACUUCAGAAGUGGGACAUUUACACAUUCAUAAAGAUUCUGUGCGGAUGGAGACAGAUGAUAAAGUUCCUGAAAUCAGUUGUGCUCUAGUAAAGAAGCAAAUGGAAGGAAACAUCGGGAUAACUGUGGCAGAGGAGCAAGACAGCAAUCAGAAACCCUUUGACCAUAAUGUUGAAGCAGCCCUUAAUGCUAUUUUUGAUGGUUCCACUCAGAUGUGUAGUGGACAAUUAAGCCAAUAUUUGUCAUCAGAAGCUUUUCUGAACAAUAGUAAAAGUACUUUUGUAAAGAAAAGUAGCUUAAUAGAAGAGGACAUCAUUAUUAAUGAAACUCUGCUCACUGAAAACCUUCCAAAUAAAACUUCAUUAUCACCUUCCCCCCAGGUAGAUACUCCCUUACUGCAAAAAUCAUGUGUGACUCCUUGUGCAAAGAAGCCAGAAGCAUCUAAUAAACAUGCUGCUGAUGGGUUGACUGGUAGUGACUUUGAGGAUGACUGGGAGAGCUUACUGGGCAAUGAACCUUUCCUUAUGGAGAAUGCUGAAAUGCUUGAACUCUUUCCUUCCACAACUGCCCAAGUUACUGGUCAGAAGGCAAUUUGUACUGUUGCUGCUAAAAAUGAUACAAUCACAUCAAGAACAAAUACAGAUCUAGGUGGAAAGUUAAGAGACUCAAAAAUAACUCUGGAUCUUCCUUCAAAGACAUGCAACAAAGAACUAAGAAAUUCUGGAAGUUAUAGAUUUUUAUCACGUCCAAGUGAUGAAUCAAGCAAGUUACCAUUCACUUUCAGUAACGUUAAAGAUGAAGAUUGUGUUGAUGUCUCUAAUCUUACCAGAGUAAAAGAAGAUAGUGGUAGUAAGUGUAAUUUUAAUGUGCUUGCUUCUGACAGUUCUGGUUCAUAUUCAAGAUACCCUAAUGAACAAAAAUACGGGUUCAGUGUUAACCCGCCUUUGAAAACACCUGCUGUCACUGCUCCCAGUGGCUCUGUAUUCUUGGACAAAGAAAACAGUGUUUGUAACACAAAUCAGACUAAUGGAUUAAAGUUCAGUUCUUCCAUUGAUGACUGGAAUGAUCCCUUGGUGGCCAGUGAAAUGAUUAAAGCAUGCAGUGAAUUAGAGACUACCUGGGAAGCAGAUGAUGUAGAUGAUGAUUUGUUAUAUCAGGCAUGUGAUGACAUUGAAAAACUAACUCAACAAGAAAACAAGCGCAGUAAGCAGUCAGAAAGUAUAAAUAACACUUCCAAACAGGGAUCCAGAAAUAUCUAUACUGCAUCUAAACAAAGAAGCCAGUCGGUACCUUCUAAACAUUGGAAUCUUGUCAGUUCGUCAGUGCCACCAUCCCUAACAGAUAACUCACAGAUACAUAAAUCAGUGAAAGUGGAAAAAAGAGACCCAUGUGGAGAUUACCCCAAUAUUUUGUAUGCUACAACAAAUUUGUCUGUGUGUUCUAGAAAUUCAAUUGAUAAUCAAUAUAUACCAGUACAGGUGAAUGGCUCAAAAUUUAUCCUUGAAGGAAGUUCAAGUUUGAAUGAUAGUUUGGGUCGAAUGAGCACAGAAAUUGCUACUAAUACAAAGUUCAGUACUCAUCAACUAUCCCACAAAACCUUAGCAGAUAGAACUCAGAAUGACAACAAAAUACUGAGGGUCUCAAAAUUUACAUUUAAGACCAAAAAUCCUCAGGUUCUUUCCCAGUUAAAUCAAAACUGUAUAGCAGGAAAUAUGCCUGUUAGCAAAACCUUGCAGGAUUUAGGAAAAAAGGAAACUGUCAAUUCAUUGCUUGAGGAUAAUCACCAGCGAUCUUCCAUAAAAUAUUCUGCGUCUUUGACACCAUCUUCUAAAGAUGAAGAAGAGAGGAAUAGAAAGUAUUCUCCUGAGGAAAUUCAACGAAAAAGGCAGGAAGCACUGGUUCGAAGAAAGGCCAAAGCACUGGCAUUGCCCACUGUGCAUCCAGCUCCCAUUUCACUUUGAUGAAAUUUGAGUUAGACGGUUUCAAACUGUUAAUAACUAUCCGUGAUAGAACUUUUUUUUCUUGAUUUCUCUGUGAGAAAUUUAAUGCUGACUUAUAAAGCACGGGCUUCUACUUUGUUAUUUAAUAAAUCAGUGUUUAUAAUGGGAAAUGAAACUUUCUUGGAGAUGUAUGGAAUUAUGUAUAUGUUUUAGAAAAGUUAACAGUUAAUGUAUAUACAGAGGGAAGUGCUUGUCUUUAUUACAUGUGGUAGCAGCUGAGCAUCAAAAAUAGCUGUAAAUCUUCAAACAGAUUAAAAUGACUAAACAGUGACUUAGUUGUGUAGUAUCAUUUUCAGUUACUUAAGGCUUUUUAUACAUUGACAAUUUUUAAUUAAUAUUCCAUAUUCUUAGUGGCCUUGCUAAGAUAUAGAGAACUUCUAUUUAUUGGAUUUUUUUUAAUUACUGUUUUCAGUUGCUAGCCAGAAGUAGGUUUAAAUUUUAGUAUUUCUAAAUGUGAUUCAAUUUGAAAACAUUUCACUGUUAAGAAAAACACAGACUGGCAUUGUCUUGUUUAACGAAAAAAAAAAAAAGUAAUAAAGCAUCAUUGACAAUUAGAGUCGGCAGAAACGCC